UUGAUUUAUGAUUGAUCAUGAUUUUGGAUAAAACUGAAAAUCGAUGAAGAAAUUUACAAUUGAUAAUGUCACUAGAAGAAUUUAAAAGCAAGAUCGCAAGUGGCCAAACAGCGUGGUUGCAGGAAUUAACCAAGGAUACAUUGUCGAAACUUGUACAAGAAUUGGGAUUACAAACAAACCCAAAUCCAAAUAUCGACGAAUUGCGUAAGUUGCUCCGAGAAUACGUGAAAACACGCCACACGGGUCACACCAUGUCACACCAGGCAACGCUUCCUAUUACGAGUUUGGAAAACUUUAGUGGUGGAAAUUGGAGAAGUUACGAAGAACAACUGAAUUGUUAUAUGUUAUUACACGAUAUUUCGGAAGACAAAAAGGUUCCUCUCUUGAUAACAAAAUUAACAAGUAAUGUUUAUGACAUUUUGUCAGGGUUAUGUGCCCCAAAACUACCAAUUAAUAUCACAUACGAGGAAUUAUGUAAAAAACUGCAAGAAUUUUACCACCCCAAGAUAAAUCUAGCAGUGCACAGAGCGAGGUUCAUGGACAGGAAGCAAGAAGAAGGAGAAACAAUAAAAGAAUACCUGCUAGCUGUUCGCAAAUUGGCUAAAGACUGUGAUUUUACGGAUGUAGACGAACACUUGAAGGAAAGAUUGUUGAACGGCGUCCACAAUGAAACAAUUAGGUAUGAAGUUUUGAAGAUGGCUGAUGCGUCUCUGGCAAAGUUAACAGCAGUUGCGGAGACAGCAGAGAUGGCUUUUAAACUAUCAGCUAAGCCAGUGGAUGUGUUCAAGCUCUCAAUGGAUCGUAGGAAGGCAAGCCAACAGCCUCAAAAAAACCGACAACAACAACAACAACAGUCAAAGUGCCUGUGUUGCGGCAAGACAGGCCAUUGGAAGGAUCAGUGUACCUUGCGUUUCAAGUACUGUUCGGAAUGUGGCAGGAAGGGACAUAUUUAUAGGCUAUGCCCUCAAAAGAAACCAAGCCUAAAAACUGUAGUUUGCUCUGAAGAAAAAGAGGAAGAUGUUUGUGAAAAUAAUGAACUAGAUGACAUGUAUCAGACACUUAAUUUGGGAUGAAAAACAAUAGAAGAAGUAAAUUCAAGACUAAAAUCUGUAUUGGAACGUUUCACAGAGGCAGAGCUGAAAUUAAAAAUAUCAAAGUGCAAGUUUUUUGAAGACCAUCUAACAGUAUUUGGAUAUCAUGUGUCAGGUGAAGGGAUCCGCGUGAUUAAAGAAAAUAUUGAACCCUUAUUAAAAGCACCCCAACCUGAAAACAUAAAAAUGUUACGUUCUUUUUUAGGAAAAGUAAAUUAUUAUAAUCGAUUUUUGAAGAAUAUGGCCACAAUACUACAACCUUUGUAUAAUUGUCUAAAGAAUGAAAAAUUUAUUUGGACCCCUGAAUGCGAGAAGGCUUUCUUAAAAAUAAAGGAAGCUUUAACAAAAAC